CGACGACAACGCGGGUGAGGGAUUGUGGGGAGAGUUUCUCCGCCUCAUCUCCCGUGCGCGCGGGCUGGGGUGCGUGCGUGCGCGUGCAGACAGUGUAGGGACCGGGGGAGAGGGUAUAUAAGGACCGGCUGGGGGUUGCAGAGGAUGGCACCGCGGUUUGCAUUCGUCGACCUCCCGGACUCAAAUCUUCAUCCCCUGCAAAGAUGCGUGUCUCAGAGCUUCUCUCGUUGGCGCUCGCUACGGCGGCGUUUGCGUCGCCCGUCGAGGAGCGCGCGGCGAAGGUUGCGCCCUCCAGGCGUCCUAAUCAUGCGAUUAAGCCGCACCACCCCGGCAAGCCGUUCCCGGCCUCGCCGGCGCGCACCAGGACGUGUGUCGUCAAGGCGAAUGGCAACGGGAAGGAUGAUUCAGCGAACAUUUUGAGUGCGGUGAAGAGCUGUAAUAAUGGUGGACAUGUGGUGUUUCCCAAGGACAAGAACUACACCGUUGGUACGGCGCUGGAUUUGACGUUCCUCAAGUGCAUUGAUCUUGAUAUCCAGGGAACUAUCAAGUUCACCAACGACACCGACUACUGGCAGAAGAACGCGUUCUACCAGACAUUCCAGAACGCCACCACCUUCUUCCAGCUCGGCGGCUCUGACGUCAACGUCUACGGCGGCGGCACCCUCGACGGCAACGGCCAGGCCUGGUACGAUCUGUACGCCCAGGACAUUUACAUCCUGCGCCCGAUCCUCUUCGGCGUCAUCGGGCUCAAGGGCGGCAGCAUCGAGGACCUGAAGUUCCGGUACAGCCCGCAGUGGUACACACUGGUGGCCAACUCGACCGACGUGGUCUUCUCCAACAUCGACAUCAAGGGCGGCAGCACCAGCAAGAACCCCGCCAAGAACACCGACGGCUGGGACACGUACCGCAGCAGCAACAUCGUGAUCCAGAACUCGGUCAUUGACAACGGCGACGACUGCGUCUCCUUCAAGCCCAACUCCACCGACAUCGUCAUCCAGAACCUCGUCUGCAACGGCUCGCACGGCAUCUCCGUCGGCUCCCUCGGCCAGUACGCCGGCGAAGUCGACAUCGUGAAGAACAUCUACGUCGCCAACGUGUCCAUGUCCAACGCCUCGGACGGCGCGCGCAUCAAGGUGUGGCCCGGAACCGCAUCCGCGCUGUCCGGCGAUCUGCAGGGCGGCGGCGGCCUGGGCCAAGUCACCAACGUAACCUACGACGGCAUGACGGUCUCGAACGUCGACUACGCAAUCGAGAUCACGCAGUGCUACGGGCAGAAGAACAUCACGCUGUGCAACGCGUUCCCGUCCAAGCUGACCAUCUCUGACAUCACGAUCAAGAACUUCAAGGGCACCACUAGCAAGAAGUACGAUCCCCUGAUCGGGUACCUGCAGUGCUCCAGCCCCACGGUCUGCAAGAACAUUAAUAUCAGCAAUAUCGAUGUCAAGUCGCCGUCGGGCACGAAUCUGUUUAGCUGUGGCAGCAUUGAGGGGGUCGAGAAGCAGGUCAACUGCACGAGUGCGGCGGGGCCCAAGGGGGGGAACUCGAAGAGGUUGAUAUGAUUUUAAGAUUCUACGGUACAUAAUUUAAGACAUUUGUUCGGACACUGUGUCGUGCGUGGUGCUGUGAGCGAAGUGAUGUGUUGCUCGUGCGGUGAACCAGACAUGACACCGGAAUUCGUGAAGCUUUUCAGCACGACAUACCGCCACGCUUAGAUACCCAGGUACCCAGCAGCCUCUACC